CGUCGCUGUGGGCGGUGUGCCCGCUCCCAAGAUGGCGGCGGCGCUGUCCGGCGUGUUCGGCCGGGCGGGCUGGAGGCUUCUGCAGCUGCGGUGCCUGCCCGUGUCCCACUGCCGACCAGCCCUGCUGCCACGUGCCUUCCAUGCUUCAGCUCUGCAGCUAAAGUCUUCAGAUGAGCAGAAGCAGCAGCCUCCCCCCUCUUUUUCUCAGCAACAUUCUGAGUCCCAGGGAAGAGAAGCACCCAAUGCAGAGUCUUCUCGUUCACCCCCCAGGUACACGGAUCAGGGCGGCGAGGAGGAGGAAGACCAUGAGAGUGAGGAGCAGCUGCAGCACCGCAUCCUGACAGCAGCCCUGGAGUUCGUGCCGACCCACGGGUGGACAGCAGAAGCAAUAGCCGAAGGAGCCCAGUCUCUGGGGCUCUCCAGUGCGGCUGCCAGCAUGUUUGGCAAUGAUGGCAGUGACCUGAUACUGCAUUUUGUGACCCAGUGCAACGCUCAGCUCAACCGCGUGCUAGAAGAGGAACAGAAGCUGGUGCAGCUGGGCCAGGCAGAGAAGAGGAAGACAGACCAGUUCCUGAGGGACGCAGUGGAAACCAGGCUGAGAAUGCUGAUCCCGUACAUUGAGCACUGGCCCCGGGCGCUAGGCGUCCUCUUGCUUCCUCAGAACAUCCCGCCCAGCCUGAGUCUGCUAACGAGCAUGGUGGACGACAUGUGGCACUACGCCGGGGACCAGUCAACCGAUUUCAACUGGUACACCCGCCGAGCUGUGCUGGCUGGCAUCUACAACACGACAGAGCUGGUGAUGAUGCAGGACUCCUCCCCAGACUUUGAGGACACUUGGCGCUUCCUGGAGAACCGGAUUAACGAUGCCAUGAACAUGGGCCACACUGCCAAGCAGGUAAAGUCCACUGGAGAGGCGCUAGUGCAGGGACUCAUGGGUGCCGCAGUGACGCUCAAAAACUUGACGGGUCUGAACCAGCGCCGGUGAGCGGGAAGGAGCCAAGCUCGAGUGCCCUGAAGAAACCCCCUACGGAUAGAUUUAAAGAGCUUUGAAAAGUGCCAUCCAUGUAACAGGGUGGUGAUGAGAAGAUACCAAAGGACUCCUGAGUCGCUACCACAGCCGCCUGGAGGCCCGGGUUUGGGCCACUUCUUCAGGUCCUAGUACCGGCCUGGCCUAAUACCUUUCUGUAUGGCAGCUGUGUGAUUGAAUCCAAGCAUUCGUUCAGCAGAAAGCCACCCCAUCUCUAUCAUGGUCUCGCAGACACCUCAAUCAUGUCUUGACCCACUUGGAAAUGCUCUGCGGGCUCCCAAGCCUGAAGCCACCACAAGGCGGCAGCCCCUGCGCGGCACAGCACAGGCGUCGGCACGCAGGCCCGGGUACGCAGGCUGUCCUCAAAGCUCCUGGCCUCUUCUCCACUUGCCGUGCUGCACCUGGGAACCCCCUCAGAAAACUGCCUUAUCUGAGACAGGUGCUUGCUGAACAGUGGCGUCCAGCCUGGUCAGAUGCGUGAGCCUCAGCCUGGAGUCCCGUCACACCAGCAUGCAUGACAGGAUCCUUAGUGAACCUAGGUCCUAUAAAAAUAAUAAAUAUGUUUGAAGCAGUCUGCUGCUGUGUAGUCGGUCUCCACACAGACGGCAGCAAGCGUCUGAUGGAGAUGCAAGCUUGAGGCUGGCAGCUGCUCGGGCCCUGCUGCUGCUGAGCCACUCUGGGCCCAAGGCAGCUCCGGACUCAAGUCUCUCCACUAGGGAAACGUGAGUGGUGAUGCCUCCUCCCUCACUACUAAUUUCUUCAGCUGUCCUCGCUCAUCGCCAGCCAUUUUAGUGAUGUAUUGUUUGACCUUAGUAGUUCUCUUUGCCUUUACACUGGCUGGCUCCCUUAACUCUUGUAUUUGUCUGCUCAGCUGCUAUAACGACAUGCCGCAGAAUGGGUAACUUAGGCGUUUCUCACCAUUUGGAGGCCGGGCAGUCCAAGCUGAAGAUACCGGUCAGUUUGGUUCCUGGAAGGGCUUUCUGACUUGCCACCUUUUCCCCGUACCCUCACCUACCUGGAAAAGCAAGCAAUGGUGUUGCUUCCCGUUUUUGCAAGGACACAAAUUCAUCACAGUCCUACUCUUGACCUCCCAAAGACCCCAUCUCCAAACUCCCCACCAAUUAGAGUUGCUCUUCAUUCCAGCAGGAUGCUAUUCAGUCCGUAGCAUCUCUCUUCCGCUUUGCUGUCUCCCAUUAAGCGGACCGAAUACUGACGGGGGAUGUUAGGAGCUGCUAGGUGCUUGCCAUCUCUGUGGCCUCCCACUGGCCCCUUUCUGCAGCUAAUCCUUUUUAUCUCUCCACACCUUGUUAAGAUCCCUGCACUAGCCAUUUCAAGUUUUAUUCCAUCUUCUUAUCCUUCACAGCUUUCCUUUCAGCAGACAACCUUAAUUCUUCCCUGAGAUAGCACAGCUCUAGGGAAGAGCCCCCUCCAUGCCCUCUCUGCCUCAGGAAGAUGCAUGAGUCCAUCCUGAGGCAAACUCAUCUUCCUGCAACUCCUAAUGAUUCCUGCCCCAAGUUCUCUUUUUGAGGAGCUGCUGCUUUUUUGAGGCCCAUUCAAACCUCUCCAGGCUAUUUAGAGGGCUUAGGUAAUUCUUUGAGCAGAAAUGAAGAUCCCUCACCCCUGUUCUUCCCCAUACACACAUGCACACACACAACUGCAAAAGUGGAGCCUGGUGCAUUUUAAGCAAUCUUCCUGCAGUUUCAGAAGACCCAAGGGUGGCCGUGAAAGUAUAUACAUUACUAGUCAACUACACUUGGUCAAAGUAUACUCAUUGCUAAAGUGUACUUUUGCUUUUCCAUAAAUGUACAAAUGCCUUUUCAAAGGCGUCAUAGUAAUCCCUUAUUUGUGUAUUUAACCAGGCCUCUGCCAGUGGGCAGUGUUUUCUUAUCUUUCGCCAUCAUCAACAUGCUGCAAUAAACA